AAGGCUUGGAGGCUGUCACAGCAGAUGCUUUCUGCUGCUGUCUGCAUAUCUAGGGAAGGGGAGGUGUAACUGGAGAGCUGUUGGAUGAGCUGAGUACAGACCAGCCCCCAGGAGAGCAGCGCUGCAUUUUUUUUUAAACAUUCUUCUGGUUUUCUUCCCCUCUGCAAGCACAAGAAGAUGCAAAGUUUCUUGUGAAGAAUGGACUGCUGAAUUGGGAAUUAUUGCAGACCCAACAGUACGGCACUGCUCGUUGCUUCAUCUAUUGCUAGUUAUUUAAAUUGGACUUUUAAUAUCCUGCCAGCUGCCGUUCACACACACAUGGUGCAUUGUUGCCAUUCUCAGAAUUGCAUCUUUGAAACCCAGACCCUCCGUAACCUUCAUCGAACAAAGAGGCGACCUCCUGCGUCUGUUCGAAGAGGGAUUUGUCGGACCGCCUGCCCUCUAGCUUUCUUGCUGGUGCUGUGUUCCUAAGACACCAUGGAGCCCAGUAUGGAGUACUGCUUAGCGCAGGUGCUGCAGAAGGAUGUCGGGAAGAGGCUUCAGGUUGGCCAGGAGCUGAUAGAUUACUUCUCAGAUAAACAGAAGUCAGCUGAUCUCGAACACGAUCAGACUAUGCUGGAUAAAAUGGUAGAUGGACUGGCCACCUCCUGGGUCAAUUCCAGCAAUUACAAGGUGGUGCUCCUGGGCAUCGACAUCCUCUCCGCCCUGGUGUCGCGCCUGCAGGACCGCUUCAAGGCCCAGAUCGGCACAGUGCUGCCAAGUUUGCUCGACCGGCUGGGAGACUCCAAAGACUCGGUGAGGGAGCAGGACCAGACCUUGCUGCUGAAAAUCAUGGAUCAAGCUGCUAACCCGCAGUACGUGUGGGAUAGGAUGCUAGGAGGAUUCAAACACAAGAAUUUCCGGACAAGAGAAGGGAUCUGCCUCUGCCUUAUCGCAACACUCAAUGCAUCUGGAGCUCAGAGCUUAACGCUGAGUAAGAUAGUGCCACACAUCUGUAACUUGCUUGGAGAUCCCAACAGCCAGGUUCGAGAUGCAGCAAUAAACAGCCUUGUGGAGAUCUACAGGCAUGUCGGUGAACGUGUAAGGGCUGAUCUCAGUAAAAAAGGAUUACCCCAGUCUCGGUUGAAUGUAAUUUUUACAAAAUUCGACGAGGUCCAAAAGUCUGGAAACAUGAUCCAGAGUUCAGGGGAUAAAAAUUUUGAUGAUGAAGACUCUGUGGAUGGGAACAGACCUUCCUCAGCUAGCUCCUCUACAUCUUCAAAGACCCCUGCAAACUCACGUAGGGUUGGGAUGGGGACUACCCGCAGACUUGGGUCUGCGCCUCUGGGAUCCAAGUCCUCAACAGCCAAAGAGGGAGCAGGUGCUGUGGAUGAAGAAGACUUCAUUAAGGCAUUUGAAGAUGUCCCAACAGUUCAGAUUUAUUCUAGCCGGGAUCUUGAGGAAUCCAUAAACAAAAUAAGAGAGAUACUAUCAGAUGACAAGCAUGACUGGGAACAAAGAGUAUCUGCUUUGAAAAAGAUCCGCUCCUUACUCCUGGCUGGAGCUGCAGAAUAUGAUAACUUCUUCCAACACUUGCGACUCUUGGAUGGAGCAUUUAAAUUAUCUGCUAAAGACCUGCGGUCUCAGGUAGUGCGAGAGGCUUGUAUCACCUUGGGACAUUUGUCAUCAGUUCUGGGAAACAAGUUUGACCAUGGGGCAGAAGCCAUUAUGCCAACAAUUUUUAAUCUAAUUCCAAAUAGUGCCAAAGUCAUGGCCACUUCUGGUGUUGUAGCAGUUAGAUUAAUCAUUCGACAUACGCACAUCCCUCGACUAAUACCCAUCAUAACCAGUAAUUGUACCUCCAAGUCUGUCGCAGUUAGAAGGCGCUGUUUUGAAUUUUUAGACCUGCUGCUGCAGGAGUGGCAAACUCACUCCCUAGAAAGACACAUAUCAGUGUUAGCUGAAACGAUAAAGAAGGGAAUUCAUGAUGCAGACUCUGAAGCCAGGAUAGAGGCAAGGAAGUGUUACUGGGGUUUCCACAGUCACUUCAGCCGAGAGGCAGAGCAUUUGUACCACACUCUGGAGUCCUCCUACCAGAAGGCCCUGCAGUCACACUUGAAGAACUCUGACAGCAUUGUGUCCUUGCCACAAUCGGAUCGCUCCUCCUCCAGCUCCCAGGAGAGUCUCAACCGUCCACUGUCUGCCAAAAGAAGUCCUACUGGAAGUACUACAUCGAGAGCAUCUACAGUAAGUACAAAAUCUGUGUCAACACCAGGAUCUCUGCAGCGGUCCCGCAGUGACGUUGAUGUGAAUGCAGCAGCUAGUGCCAAGUCGAAAGUGACAUCUUCUGGAGCAUCUACCCCCUUCAGUUCUGCUGCAGCCUUGCCCCCAGGCUCAUAUGCAUCACUAGAUGGUACUACCACUAAAACUGAGGGUCGGAUUCGUACAAGGAGACAGAGCUCUGGCAGUGCCACAAGUGUCACCUCAACGCCUGCGGAUACCCGAGGCCGCAGCCGGGCUAAAGUGGUUUCCCAGUCCCAACGAUCCAGAUCAGCUAAUCCUGCUGGUGCUGGUAGCCGGUCUAGUUCUCCGGGUAAGCUGUUAGGAAGCGCCUAUGGUGGCCUGAGUGGUGGAACAUCCAGAGUUCAGCCAGUGCCAUCAUCUUCAGAGAAGCGCAGCAAGAUCCCUCGGAGCCAGGGAUGCAGUCGAGAGACAAGUCCCAACAGAAUAGGACUAGCACGGAGCAGUCGUAUCCCCCGACCCAGCAUGAGUCAGGGGUGCAGCCGCGAUACCAGCCGUGAGAGCAGUCGAGAUACAAGCCCUGCUCGGGGCUUUCCUCCACUUGCUUCUCGACGUCAUUCCAGGUCCACUAGUGCUCUCUCCACUGCUGAUUCUGUUGGGCAGUCAGACCGGUUUGGACUCGGACAGCCAGGCAGGAUGCCUGCUUCUGUGAAUGCCAUGCGAGUCCUGAGCACAAGCACAGAUCUGGAGGCUGCUGUGGCUGAUGCACUGCUGUUAGGAGACUCCAGGAGCAAGAAAAAGCCUGUGAGAAGAAGAUAUGAACCCUAUGGGAUGUACUCAGACGAUGACGCUAACAGUGAUGCAUCAAGUGCUUGCUCCGAGCGCUCCUAUGGUUCCAGGAACGGGGGCAUUCCUCACUACCUGCGGCAGACUGAAGAUGUGGCUGAGGUCCUGAACCACUGUGCCAGCUCCAACUGGUCUGAAAGGAAGGAGGGGCUCAUAGGUCUUCAGAACUUACUGAAAAGCCAGCGGACGCUGAGCCGAGUCGAGUUAAAAAGGCUAUGUGAAAUAUUUACUCGCAUGUUUGCUGACCCUCACAGCAAGAGAGUCUUCAGCAUGUUUCUGGAAACCCUGGUUGAUUUCAUCAUCAUUCAUAAAGAUGACUUGCAGGAUUGGCUUUUUGUUCUCCUGACACAGUUGCUAAAGAAAAUGGGAGCAGAUUUGCUGGGGUCUGUGCAGGCAAAAGUGCAAAAAGCUCUGGAUGUUACCAGGGAUUCUUUUCCAUUUGAUCAACAAUUUAACAUUUUGAUGAGGUUUAUUGUGGAUCAGACCCAAACACCAAACCUCAAGGUGAAAGUUGCUAUCCUGAAGUAUAUCGAGUCCUUGGCAAGACAGAUGGAUCCAACAGACUUUGUGAACUCCAGUGAGACAAGACUUGCUGUAUCUAGAAUUAUAACUUGGACAACAGAACCAAAGAGCUCAGAUGUGAGAAAGACCAUGCAUAGUUGGGUAGGUGAGGAUUUGCCAGCUAGGACAACUGCAGCUUCCUCAGGGCCCGGUGAAGGAAACUUGGAAGAGAAAUGUAAACAGGCAGCGCAAAUCGUCCUGAUUUCCCUCUUUGAACUGAACACUCCUGAGUUUACCAUGUUACUUGGUGCCUUGCCAAAAACAUUCCAGGACGGUGCUACCAAGCUCCUGCACAACCACCUCAAGAACUCCAGUAACACCAGUGUGGGUUCUCCCAGCAAUACCCUUGGUCGGACUCCUUCCCGGCACUCCAGCAGCAGAACCAGCCCCUUAACUUCACCUACCAACUGUUCCCAUGGUGGGCUGUCUCCAAGUCGGUUCUGGGGUUGGAGUGCAGACGGGCUGUCGAAGCACCCCCCUCCCCUUUCUCAGCCUAACUCCAUCCCCACCGCUCCUUCCCACAAGACUUUCAGGCGCUCUUAUUCUCCCAGUAUGCUGGAUUAUGACACGGAGAACCUAAAUUCUGAUGAAAUCUACAGCUCUCUUCGUGGAGUCACAGAAGCAAUUGAAAAAUUUAGUUUCCGUAGUCAAGAGGAUCUGAAUGAACCAAUCAAACGUGAUGGAAAGAAAGACUGUGACAUUGUGUCUCGAGAUGGUGGCCUUGCGGUACCUUCUAGUGAUGUCCGCGGAAGCAGUGACAUUGUAGAAGGAGGAAGGAUGGCUCUAGAUAACAAAACCUCCUUACUGAACACCCAGCCUCCCCGCGCCUUUUCAGGGCCACGUGCUCGAGAGUAUAACCCCUAUCCUUAUUCCGACACAAUUAACACUUACGACAAGACUGCCCUCAAGGAAGCAGUGUUUGAUGAUGACAUGGAUCAGCUUCGGGAUGAAGUACCCAUUGACCAUUCGGAUUUGGUGGCUGACCUUCUGAAAGAGCUCUCUAACCACAAUGAACGGGUGGAGGAGCGAAAAGGAGCUCUCCUGGAACUUCUGAAGAUCACAAGGGAAGAUAAUCUCGGAGUUUGGGAGGAACAUUUCAAAACCAUUCUGCUCCUGCUGCUGGAGACACUUGGAGACAAAGAUCAUUCAAUAAGAGCCCUGGCACUGCGAGUCCUUAGAGAGAUCUUACGGAAUCAGCCAGCAAGGUUUAAAAACUAUGCGGAGUUGACCAUCAUGAAAACACUGGAAGCCCAUAAGGAUUCCCACAAGGAGGUCGUCAGAGCUGCUGAGGAAGCUGCUUCCACCCUGGCAAGCUCCAUCCACCCUGAGCAGUGCAUCAAGGUGCUUUGCCCCAUCAUUCAGACUGCAGAUUAUCCAAUCAAUUUAGCUGCCAUCAAAAUGCAGACGAAAGUUAUUGAGAGGAUUUCCAAGGAAUCGUUGCAUCAGCUCCUCCCAGAUAUCAUUCCUGGAUUGUUACAGGGUUACGAUAACACAGAGAGCAGUGUCCGUAAAGCUAGUGUAUUUUGCCUAGUGGCAAUUUACUCAGUAAUUGGAGAAGAACUGAAACCUCAUCUCGCACAACUCACAGGAAGCAAGAUGAAACUACUAAACUUGUACAUAAAGAGGGCCCAGACCACCAACAGCAACAGCAGUUCCUCUUCAGAUGUUUCAACGCACAGUUAAUGGAGAUGUGUGGACAUAUGUGUAGACUUAGAAGCAAUCAACGGUGCCUCUCAGAGACCUUUCUGCUACUCUUCACUGGCGCGCUCCAUCAGCUAAAGGAGGCCAUGCAGAUAUUUAUUGCAAUCAGUAUUUUAGUCCCUUAAAGCUUUUAUGUAGAAUCUUACUGGUAUUGAAUGUAAAGGAAGCAAGGUCUGUGUUGCAGUCUUCAUUAAAAGUGAACAACAGAAAGCCAUACUUAAACAUAUUUGUAUAGCCUGCUGAAAUCUCGGAAAUAUGUUUAGGUUAGCGUUCCAAAACACAGUCCAAAAACCUAGACAUGAGUAAAGGUCAAACAAAUCUUGUUUUAGAUCAUACCCAGUUUUGCUUUCUGUGCUCUAGUUACCCGCUCUCUCCCUGUGGCCGCAGCCCUUCUGGCUAGGUUCUCCUCCACAAGUCUCGUGGUCCUGUUUUGUACUUCCUAUCGCAGCUUGCCUAACGUGCAGGGCUCUCCACGAGGAGAUCUUUGCCAGUGUGGCUGUGGUUCUAGCCUUUGAUGCUUUAAUAAGGAGAUAUCAAGUGAGUAAUGAAAAAGUAGGUUCUUUUUAAAUAUCUGAGUUUUUGUAUAUAGUUCUUCUGACAGACCUCCGACGGGCUGAUUUCUCUGUAACUGCUCUCCAGCCAGCUGCGCUGUGUAGAGCAGCUGGGCUGUCGCUCCUCUCAUUGACCGUGUAAAUAUUUCCCCUCUCCCAACCCAUUUGGCUCUUUCAUGCGCUAAAAAAGACUCUUCAGGUUACUUGUUACUCCCCAAAGGCAACCUGAGUCACAGUUCUGGGACUGAUGCCCGUGUUCAGGCACUGGAGCUCGGUGGGUGUUGGAUCAGAGCGUGUCCCCGGGUGGGCACUCGGAGCUGGCAGGGUGGUGUCGCAGCGCUGCCCUGCGAAGCUGGACGUAUUUUUACCCAAGCCCAUAGCACCAAAGGGCUGACCUGCUGCUCUGACCGGGCCUGCCGAUGUUGUUAAAAAAAAAUAAUUUAAAAAAAUGGCUUGCUUUCUCCCUACAAAUCCUGUGUGCUUUGGGCAAACUGUUCAUCCCAGAGGACAGAAAGGGAAUCUGAAACUGGACAAAAUGACCCUGCGGAAGCUGAGGGUUGGCUGGGGUGGUGCUGGGCACCUGCUGCAGUUCCCCUUCUGUGCCUGCAGAGCCUGCAGUGCUGUUUGCUGCCUUCGGAAACCUCCUUCCCAGCCAGCCCAGGCACAGCCCUGCUGGGUGCUUUGCAUUUUGGAGGGUGCUCAGGGUGCUGUGCUGGCUGAGGGUGCCGCGGGGCAAAUCCUUUUGCAACCUGAUGACACAGGGAGAGUCAGAGCCACGCCAGCGGCAGUCAGAUACCUGAUGGCACCGUCCUGCACCGAAGGGAGACCCCUCUGGGCGCAGAGGGUGAGCUCCCCGUCCUGUUGCCUCUGCCCGUAACUGGGGGAAGCAGCAGGAUGCCAGCGCUGUGUUCAGCCUGAAGCUGGAUCCUGGCUGGUGGGCAGGCCUGCCCCUCACCUGCCACGGCUCAGAACUGGGAUUUUGCCCUCAGUGAUGCAGGAGGACGGCCUGCCGCUGUGUCGAUAGAUGUGUGCUCCCUGGCUUCUCUCAGUGCCUCAGUCUCUCUCCAGCCUCCUUCCUUUCCUUGGAGGAGCUGAAGGGACACCUCGGCAGCACGCUGGGAACAGAGGAGCUGCCAGAACUGCAGCGGGGAGGACGAGGCCUUGUUGUCCUCCCUUUCUGUCAGUCCUUGCUUGUGUGGCCCAGCCCCAGGGAGCUGUGCUGGGAGCCAGCUCUGCUCCAAGUCCCCCACUCAGGAGGGGCUGAGGUGUGUGAGGGCUCUGUCCUGGCCCCUUUCCCGGCUGAUGUGACCUGCUCCUGAGGAUGUGUCCAGGCUUUUGCUGGCUGCAGGGCUGGUUUCCCUCAUGCUCCCCAGUGGAUAAUGCCGUGGCAGGAGGGGCUGUGAUCCUGGCGCUGGGAUUCCUCUGGGCUCUCUCCUUGCUAGAGGGAGGAUUGGCUGCUCCAUGGUUGGUGUCUCCCUUUCCGUGGACCAUUCCUUUUCAACAUCUUGCAGUACACUUGUUACAAUAUUCUUUUUUUUUUUUUUAAUUUUUUUUGAAUUAUUAAAAUUAUUUUAGUUUAACAUGAUUUUAUUUUCCCUUUUGAGGAAAUACUCAGCCGACUUGUUGGCAGCAGUUAGCUGUCUUGUUUGAAUUUUUAGUAGUUUUUUUUUUUUAAUUUUAUUUUUAUUCUGCUUAGUAUUUAUGCCUCUUUUUCUCCCCAUCUCAGUUCAGCAUCUUCUGUUCCAGUUCUGGGAUUCGGAGGUCAGCAUAGCUGACCGGGUGGCAUUUAGUCCCUCCCCGCUGUGAUGGAGCGUGGUCCAUCACUCUUUGCUUUUUCUUUUUUUUUUUUUUUUUAAUUUUGCUGUUUUUUUUUUUUUUUUUUUCUUUUUGAAUGGCACACUGUAGCAGAUCUCCAGGAAUUGAAUUCCUUCUCAAAUGAUUUUAUAUGUUUUAUAAAAUCCUGUUAGUAUGCACUGAGAGUGAACGCACUGUAACGUCCCCGAACUGCCCCCAGCGCGUGCGCUGACACUACAGUAGGAGUCAACUGCUCGUCCUCGGGCAAUAGGUGAGAAAUCCGCUGCUGAUCUGAGGCUACAGAGAUGAGCACGUGUUAUUCAGAGACUAUUGGCACACUUGGGGCUGCAAAAUGGUAGAACCAGGCCUUACUUUCUUAAUCAGACCCUGUUCCUGUUCUUCACCAGAUGCUCAUUAAGGUGUUCCUUCCUUUCGUUACGUGGGUCGGUCGCGGACCCUUCAUCCUUUGAGUACUCUAGACGUAUGUUAUACCUGUAUACAGUAGGGAGCAUUCUGCGUAGGUAUUUAUAAAGCAUUGCGUAUAAUGUACAUAGUAAGGUUGUUUAGUAUGUUGAACAUGACCUGAUCCCCUUUUUUUCUUUUUUCCUUUGAAGUACUCAAAGGGCUAGCUCUGAAUGUCACCUCUCUGAUCUCCAGCGUUCUGACUUCAAAAAGCUGUACAAUCGUUUUGUUUUCUCUUCAGCAAGCAUAAAGGUCUCUCUGGCUACAAAUCACAGUGUCCACGCACGUUUGCAGAGAACGAUCUGCAUGCUGGCAGUGCCUCACCGCACCGGUGAAGCUUGUGUUCACGUUCUCCCAGCAGUAGCCAUCUACUGCAGCUGCCUUUUUUUUUUUUUUCUUCCUCCUUGCAGCCCGUUAUGCAGGGCUUCAAUUUUUCAUACCUUUGAAAAAAAAAGAAAAAAAAAAAAAAGAAAAAAAAAAAAGAAAAAAAGAAAAAAAAUGUUUUUUGUUUUUUCCCACCAUGCUUUAAAAGUCUGAAUGGGAGAAAUCUCUCAGCAGACAGCGGCUCCUGGCUGUAAGGUUGCCGAAAACCUCAGAUGUGGAUGUGUUUUUCUGCCAUUGGCUGCACCAGUGCUCCAUGGGCAUGGGCGAAUACCGGAUCCAUCUGCCCCCCGGUCUACGUACUGUAGUUCUCAUGUAGUGCAGAAUUAUCGAGGCAUGUGGCUUUCUUAAGGUACACUAUGUGUGCUUGCCUGGAUUACAAUACAAUACGAGACUGUCUUUUUUUAUUGCUUACUACUAGCUUACCGAUAACCUGUAUCAGUAACCUAACUCACAUCUUUGUCAUCGAAACCUUUUUCUCCCCACCCCUUUAUUUAUCAAGCAUAAUAUUGCAUAUUAAGGGACAGAGAAAUAGACCUUUGUAGAAUACAGCAGGACGUUGCUAACAAUGUUUUAAAUGGGAAGUGAAAAAAAUGCUCUGAAAAAUGCCAGCCAUGAGAAAUGACUUUGUUGGCACCGUGUUCAUGCGCAUGGAUUUUUUUUUCUAUUUUUUCCGCUUUUGUCAUGUUACAUCCAUAUCUGUAUUUAUAUCUUUUGUUUCACUUUUGAGUGUAUCAUGGCAAUUGUACAGAUGUUUUUUGUUAACAUUUACGUGAUAGAAUUUGCUAAAAAAAAUUAAAAUAAAACCUUUUGAGUUUGCCCUAGAAAAAGCAGAA